CGCCAUUUUUAUUUGUGACAAUUGACUGUUUAAUAAUCCCAUCAUUAUUUUUUGGAAAAUAACUGAUAAACGUGCGUAUUAUUCGAAUUUUAUUUUUCGUUGUCAAUUUCCUAAACUAUAAUAUUAACUAAAUAUAAUUCUUUUAAAAGAAUUUGCACUUGCCGAAAUAUUUCAAGUAAUCGCAAUGAGUGACUCAUCAGAUCAAAAUGAACCACCAAAAGAUCCAAAAGAGUUGGAGAAACUGGAAGAGGCCAAACUAAAAGCCAAAUUUCCGAAUGCUAUGAGAGGCCCUGGGGGACACUCCGCAUUUCUACAGAAGAGACUAGCUAAAGGGCAAAAGUUCUUCGACUCUGGUGAUUAUCAAAUGGCAAAACAGAGGCCGAGCAAUUUAGCGGCUCCAUUCAAAACGCCGGCCAUUCCUGCGAAGUUGCCCACCGGCGACGCCAUACCAACGCCAGAGACAGUCCCCGUUCGCAAGACGUCUAUCAUCCAACCCAAGUUCCAGCCGCCCAGUCAGACUUCCUAGCCCUGUCCACAAAUAGGCAUCAAGCCCUGUCUUUAACUUUUAAUUUUGCUAAUACAACACAAUGCAUUGCUUUUGAUCCUAUCAGUGUCAGCACCAUUCUAAGCAUUUGUGUUAGUUUAGGUUUCAUCACAUUGUCUUUACUUGAUGGCACCAGAUAUAUUUGAUAUUGACUAUGUGUAUGUUUUGUUCUUAUUUAGCAUUCUGUGUUGAAAUUUUAACAAAACUUUUAUAAGUGCAACUGUUAUAUUAAUGUGUAAAAAUAAAAAUUAGCUAUAGUUGAGUGUGACGGGGUGUUUGAAUGUAUGAGUUGUAUUCAAUAAUGCAGUUGUCAAGUUUUAGCCUAGUAGUUUUGCUGGUUUGCAUCGUUUUUAGUAAAUUGUAAUAACUACUACAAAAAUAUCAUAUUAUGAUGUCUCAAUAAAUGUAUAACUUGUAUAUCAUAAAAGAUAAUCCAUUCUGUAACUAUGAGAUUUCUUAAAGGAUCUGUAUAAACGUUAAUAAAUCAUAAAAAUUAUAUUGAUACUUAUGUAACUUGCCCUGUUACAAUUUGACAUGCAUCCUGUACCUAGCAAGCUGUCAUCUAUGGUUUGUUUUUUUUCCGAGAACUGCAUUAGUGAUAAGAGGUGUAAUAUUAUUUUUAUAGCAUGGAGAAAUGUCUUUUGAUUGAAUUGCCUAUACAAUAAUGGGAGAUUUAAACAUACAAGGGAUCAUUUUUAAAUUACUUAAACUAUAUGUCUAUAGUAUGUCAAGUUUGUGCCAAGAAUGCUAUGUGGGUGGACGUGGCACAGACUACGUUUCACUUUCAAGGGAAGAAUGUCUCAACGCCGCUUCAUAUAAUACUCAAUGCAAGCUCAUCUCUGUCCCGCACUUGUCAGUAUUGCACAUGAAUUUGACACACUAAUGCACUAUCUAUAAUAUUAUUGUAUGUAUAAUAAUCGCAUCUUCAUUCGUUCUAUUACAGCCAAAUGUACCAGUAUAAUUUAUACCAGACUUUAACAUUAAUCACAGUCUUCAAAUUACAAUCAGACUGUCAAAGCUGUAGUUUUUUAUCUUUUUGAAAUACCGAGAUUGUGUAAUCAUAUACAUGAUUUAAAAAUACGAUUGAAAAAAAAUGUAAUCGAUCCCUGUAUAUUAAGGCCAUAAUUAGUAUUGAUAGUGAUAAAAUAUCUAGGCCCCAUUGGUCUGCACUGUGAAGAGUAGAACACAAGUGCGAUUUAGUUUUAGUCAUUAUUAUUAUGAAACGAAUUUAUUUUUAUAAAAAAUAUGCUACUACUAAUAGUUAACAUAUUUGUUUUGUUAGCUUCGGUCGAUCGAUGUCUAUUCUGUAUUUUUUUUUCACAUCAUAUCCAUCUGUUUCUACAUAACCAGCUCCAGAUUGUUGGAGGCAACAGAAGCGCAGGGACGCUUUUAAAAAUGUGUGAUUUCCGCACAGGUGUGAUAUGUAUGGUACGGAAGAUUAAGGGAUGUUAAAAAGUUAGCUAUUAAAAAUAAAAUAAAUUCU